AUGCAAGUGAAGUAUAUUUUGAGUUCUGGGUUGCUUUUUAUCAUUCUGCCUUUGGUCAUUGUCGAAUGCAAACCACCUCGUUCCACCACGGGCUGCUGUCAUAAAGAAACCCUAUCCAGAACGAUUGACAUCCUCUUUAUCAAGGCCAUGGGAUUCAAAGCAUCUGUACCAGUAGAUGGCAUCAAAAACACAAAAUUGCUGAAAAAGAAAACCAAAAGCCUGUUCAUGAAAAGCUGUCAAUUUCGAGAGCAACUGCUUUCGUUUUUCAUGGAAGAUGUUCUUGGGCACCUUCCGUUUCCAUCAAACAAAGAGAUAGGCUUCAUUGAGGACUUCCGAAGCUUUGGAAAGAAACUGAAUCACUGUUUUCCAUGUCCUCUGAACACUGGGGAGGUGAAGCCCAUUACCAGGAUGAAGACAAUCUUUUACAAGAUUGGAAACAAGGGAGUCUACAAAGCCAUCAGUGAACUUGAUAUCCUUUUUCCCUGGAUAAAAAAUUACCUAGAUGGCAUUAAAUAA